AUGUCGCCCCACGCCCACGGUCCGGGAUUGCCCCCACGCCCACCGGAUUGCCCACGGUCCGGGAUUGGCCCCACGCCCACGGUCCGGGAUUGGCCCCACGCCCACGGUCCGGGAUUGCCCACGCCCACGGUCCGGGAUUGCCCCGCCCACGGUCCGGGAUUGCCCCACGCCCACGCCGGGAUUGCCCCACGCCACGGUCCGGAUUGCCCCACGCCCACAUUUUUGCCCCCACGCCCACGGUCCGGGAUUGCCCCCACGCCCACGGUCCGGGAUUGCCCCCACGCCCACGGUCCGGGAUUGCCCCCACGCCCACGGUCCGGAUUGCCCCCACGCCCACAUUGCCCCACGCCCGUCGCCGCCCAUUCGGGGUCCCCGGACGUCGAGGCGUGUCGCUUGCUUAUUCAGCGAGCGCGGCCGAGCGAAAGACUAAUCACAACUCCUGCCUUGAGAGAUGGGCCAAUAUAUCAGGGCUAUUGA